AUGUCAUUCUCGACUAUUCAAAAAAGUCUUCCCCCUCAUCUCCAACGAUUGAUGACAAAAGGCGAAUAUGUACACACAGGAAUGUUGAUCAUUGGGGGUAUUUUCACGUGGUUUUUCUUCAAUUCAUAUUUCUCAUUUCUGGCCAAAGCCUAUGUGACAUUACGAGUGAUGAAAUGCUUGUACAUCAUCUCGAAAUCAUUUGUUGUUCAUCGAGUGAUGCCCGAAAUGGAUAUUUCACAUUUGAGAGACACAUGGACAGUGGUGACUGGUGGAACGGAUGGAAUUGGAAAAGCGUAUACAUUGGAAAUGGCUCGAUCUCGAGGAAUUCGACGCUUUGUCUUAAUUGGAAGAAAUGCUCAGAAAUUGACGAUCAUUGAGACAGAAUUGAAAAAAGACUUCAAAUGCGAAGUGAAAACGAUAAUUUUCGAUUUUGAUGGAGGCGAUUGGGCUGAACUGACAAACGAGUUGAAAGAUCUCGAUAUCGGAAUCUUGUUAAAUUUUGCCGGUUUGGCCCCGGGAAUGGUGGGGAAUUUGGUGGAACAAGAAGAGGGAUUGGCGUCCAGGAUAAUGCAAGUGAACACGAUCAGCUGUGUCAGAAUGAACGAAUUGGUGUUGCCAAAAAUGAUUGAAAAAGAUCGAGGGAUCAUCGUGAAUAUGUCAUCGAUGACGGGGCUUGAAAGCCGGCCCGGUUUUCAAGCUGAGAGUAUUCAAAAGUUUGAAUCUUUUCAAAUCUAUACAUGGGUC